UGAGCCACGGUGAUAUAACAUGUUUGGUAACAGGCAUGUUGUGAAAGCAUUGCGGGUUUUACCUGCACAUUGUGCAGCCCUGCAGAGAGGACAGCGGCCCGGCAGACUCCACAGGUUAUGUCAUUACAGUAAAAGACUGUUUUAGUGGCUAUUUUUCAUCAUCGGUGCAAUCUACUUCCUGGUUUGGUUGCAGCACAGCUUCCUUUUGUUCCAACAAAAAUGCCCGAGGGACCAGAGCUCCACCUGGCCAGCCUGUAUGUGAACAAAAUGUGCGCAGGAGUAGUGUUCACUGGACCGGUCCAAAAAUCUGAGGUCAGCAAGAGUCCCGAUGUGCCCUUCACCUGCGAGUCCUAUCGCAUCACUGCCACUUCCAGAGGGAAGGAAGUGAAGCUCACGCUGACGCCCAUGAAGAGUGAUGACUCCAAACAGAGAGUGAAAACAGAGCAGGCAGACCACCCCAUGGAUGUAGUCUUUCGCUUUGGGAUGUCAGGGUAUUUCCGCUUCACCACAGAGCAUGAGCUGCCCAAACAUGCCCAUCUGCGCUUUUAUUCCAAAGAGAUGCCCCGCAGAGUGCUGAGCUUUGUGGACGCACGCAGGUUUGGCAGCUGGCAGCCUAAUGGGACGUGGCAGCCUGACCGAGGGCCUUGCAUCAUGUUUGAGUAUGAAAGCUUCAGGGAGAACGUGGUGUCGCACCUGUCUGACAGAGCCUUCGACCGGCCCAUCUGUGAGGUUCUGCUCAAUCAGAAGUACUUCAAUGGUAUUGGGAACUACCUCAGGGCCGAAAUCCUUUUCAGGUUAAACAUCCCCCCCUUUGUGCCUGCCAGAAGCGUACUGGAAGGCCUUGACUCAGAAGAUUUAUGUGAAAAUAAGAAGCCUGUGAAAAAUGGGAUCACAGACACAAAGAGCUCAAAGGGGCCCAAACAGAAGCGGGCGAAAGGGGAGACGGGUGACUUGCUCAGAUUGUGUCACACAGUGCCUCUGGAGGUGGUUAACCUCGGUGGAAAGGGCUAUGACCCCCAGAAAAAAGACUACUCUGACUUUGAGGCGUGGCUGCAGUGUUACUACGUGGAUGGAAUGAAAUCUAUACGGGACCACAAUGGCAGAACUAUGUGGUUUAAAGGAGAUGCAGGCCCCAUGGUGCCUAAAGAUUCAAAAUCACCCAAGGCAAAAAAGAGAGUAAAGAAAGAAGACGACCAUGAUUACACAGACAAGAAAAAGGUGGCCAGGAGUCGCUCAGCCAGCACAUCAAAGAAGAAAGUGGUCAAAGAGGAAACCAAGACCAAAACACCAAAGAAAGAGAAGAAUGCACGUUCAAAGGAAACCAGAUCCAAGAGAGAAAAAGCCGAAAAGUCCCGAAAAGAAAACACACCUCAACUGGAGGAAAAGAGAUUGACGAGGAGGAAAAGCAGCAGUGCAGAGCCAACUGCAGUGCCACAGAGGCGGAGCAGCAGAGGGACCAGACAGAGCGGCAAAUGAAAAGAGAGGGAGACAUCACAGUAUGGGACUGUCUUUAUGUUUUC